AUGGGAAAGGAUGUCCCGUUCAACGAGGUCUCUCUUCACCAGCUUCACAGUCUUUACCACCAGUAUCCCCGGCAAGCAAGCACUUCCCGGCGAGCAUCACCCGCCAUCCAAAGUCGAACCAAAACGCACAACGAUCCCCGAAGCGAGAACGCGAUGAAGCCUCAGUCCCUGCUCUCGGCUGCGGCGGCCGUCCUGCUGCCCACACUCGUCGCCGCGGCGCCCGCGGAGCCCGCCGAGAAGGCGGCCGCGAAGCCGCCUGCCUUCUUCCUCGCCGGCGACUCGACCACGGCGGUGCAGGCCACGGGCGGCGGCGGCUGGGGCAACGGGUUCCUCGGGUUCCUCAAGAAGCCGGCGUUCGGCACCAACUACGGCCGCAACGGACGGACGACGGUGGACUACGUCAGCCAGGGCCACUGGGACACGGUCAAGAGCGCCGUCAAGUCCAACACGGCCAACUUUGACGUCUACGUGACGAUCCAGUUCGGCCACAACGACCAGAAGCCGGAGAAGAACAUCUCGCUCGACCAGUACCAGGCCAACCUCGUCAACCUCGCCAAGGAGAUCAAGGCGCUCGGGGCGACACCGAUCCUGGUGACGCCGCUGACGCGGCGCAGCUUCAGCUCGGCGGGCGUCGUGACCAACAACCUCUCCAACGAGCGCGAGCGCACGAUCGCCGCGGCGGCGGCUGGCAAGACGACGUACAUCGACCUCAACCUCUACAGCCGCAAGUUCGUGCAGGCCAUCGGCGAGACCAAGGCGCACUCGUACAACCUCAAGGAGGACGACAACACGCACCUCAACGACGAGGGCAGCGUCGUCUUCGGGCGGCUGGUGGCGGACCUGCUGCUGGAGAAGGAGAAGAAGCUGGCGCAGUGGUUCACGCCCAACAAGUCUCUGAGCGACGAGAUCUGGAAGGCCAUCAACAGCUCGUCCGUUUAA